UCAUUUGUUUUGUCACCAUCGCCGUCAUGGCUAUUCUAUCAUACCUCUACUCGUGGGUGAAGCCGCGACAAAGUCGGCAGGACGAACAGUCCAAGACAUUCACCUUUAUCGGAAAGAAGAAGCGCACAAAGUCAGACCUCCCAAAGGUCGACGAGGAGGAGGAUCACCAACGCCAGAUCAUGAUUCGCAAGUCAUUACAGAGCCGCGCCUCGUCGCGUGCCACCGACAGGGUGGAAUUCGAAGACGGCGAUACCGAAGAGGAGGAACGCAACCCGGGCCUGAAGAGCGACUGGAAAGCCUACGAGGCCGAUAUCCAGCGCAACAGGUCGAAGCUGAUGCGCAUCCAUCCCGGAGUUGAUCGCUCACGAGCCCGCGCCGGCUCCUCAUCGAAGCGACCUCAACCCUACCCUUCAAGCUCAGCAAAUCCCCAAUCACCGACAUUAUCAAUUACACCUGAGAGCCCAGCUUCACCGGGGAUCGGAAGAGCAUUUUAAUACCCAUACAAACAAAACAAAACCCAUGAUUAUACGAGACAGAAGGAACGGAUUACAGAUUACGAUCCCGUGUCAUUUGGAUUGCGCAAGGAGUUGGAUAUACCACAUGGCUACGCGCCGACACAGAGACGACUUCAAGAUUGACGUCUUCAUACUCAUGUCAGAGGCAUAAUGUAGAUUCAAGCCUCUUUUAGUUUUACCGGCAUAAUGAAAACUUU